AACCAACUCACCUACGUCUAUAUAGAGAGAGAAAGCUCGCUCCCGAUCUCGAGAGAGAGAGAGAGAGGGUUCGCAACGCUGAACACAGCGAGGUUUCCAAAUUACUCCCCGCCCAAAAAUGUCGAUAGCCUCCACUUUGAAACCGUACAAUCACUAUCUCCGUUUCGGCAAUCUCAAUCUCAACCGUUCAUCACAGCCUCAAUCACCUACGCCCUACACCUUCAGCUUCCGCUCCUCCUCCUCUUCCGCCGCUGCCGUCGCCACCACUACUAUCACCUGCCGCCCUAACCGCAGGAGGGAGGUUUUAGUUUUUUCUGGAGGCGACGGCAUUGGCGGCGGAAACGGGCGGAGCUCUGGUGGACGCGGCGGCGGUGAUGAUGACGGUGAGGGAGAGAGAGAAGGAAAGGGAAAGGGAUUUGGAGGGAAUAGGGAAGAGGCUUUUCUGGCUUUGGCGGAGAUCGGACGGUCGUUGGACAGUCUUCCCAAGGACUUGGCGGCUGCGAUUGAGUCCGGUAGAAUACCUGGAUCCAUUGUUCUCAAGUACUUUGAACUCGAGAAAUCACCGUUUUUGCGGUGGCUGCUUCAGUUUGGCGGCUUCAAGGAACGGUUGUUGGCUGAUGAUCUGUUCUUGUUCAAAGUAUUCAUGGAGUGUGGUGUUGGGCUCUUCACCAAGACUGCUGCAGAGUAUCAAAAGCGAAAAGAAAACUUUUUUAAGGAGCUGGAAUUUGUUUUUGCGGAUGUGGUGAUGGCCAUUAUUGCAGAUUUCAUGCUUGUCUACCUCCCUGCUCCUUCUGUCUCUCUCCGACCACCAAUUAACAUCAAUGCUGGAGCUCUUGCUAAAUUCUUUUAUAACUGCCCUGAAAAUGCAUUUCAGGUAGCUCUGACUGGAACUUCCUAUUCAUUUGCACAGAGAAUUGGUGCAAUAGCGCGUAAUGGGGCAAAGCUUUUUGCAGUUGGUACCACUUCAUCUCUGGUUGGCACAGUUGUUACCAAUGCCUUGAUAAAUGCAAAGAAGGCUGUUGAUAAGUCCUCUGCAGAUGAAGUAGAGAAUGUACCUGUAUUAGCUACUAGUGUUGGCUAUGGUGUCUACAUGGCAAUUUCUAGCAACCUUCGGUACCAAAUACUAGCUGGGGUUAUUGAACAACGAAUUUUAGAACCCUUGUUGCACCAACACAAAUUAAUGUUAAGUGCAACUUGCUUCGCGGUCAGAACAGGAAACACGUUCUUGGGUUCAUUAUUGUGGGUGGAUUAUGCACGUUGGAUAGGCGUUCAGAAGGUUGAGGAAGUGGAAGAAUAACGGGUGCAUUCUGUUGCUUGAUGUCGAGUUUGAAAUUUGAAAUGUUGGUUUGAAGCAUUAGUUGACGUCACAUAAAGUAGGUCAAUGGAUAUUGAUUGAAUUAUUUUGGGAUUUAUAGGUCUUAGUAUACUUAGGUCAUAUUUCUCUGCUUGUGUGGAUGGCUCAUUGCCAAUCUGAUUUGUUGUUGUUGAAUUACUUUUCACUUUUGUUUUAUUUUCUUUUCAUAAUGUCUAGGGAUAGCUAUUAAAAUUUCGAUUAGAAUCACUUUGAGCAUAAUUUUGAGCAUUGAGAAACGUUAAUGUUCUGCGUUGGUAAUCAUAAUGGCCUAUUAGGUUUAAACCCAAAAAAAAGUUUCGUAUUUGUUUGUAUUAUAAAUAUAAAUAUUGGAAUUUGAGUUUC